UCAAGCUCAAGAGACGUGUGUGUUUUGUAACAGGAAGAGUAUUCCGUAUUCGAACUUCGAAAAGGCCAAUAAGCCCUUGAAUCUUAAUCCCUGUUUGGUCUCUCCCAGACAAAACAUCGAUCACCAGGAAAGAAACUAUUGCUUAUUGGAGCGAAAGAAAAAAGAGAAAUCAAAUUCCAUACCCAAUUCAACCUCGGCGUCGUCCCAAUUUAGAUAGAAACAUCGUUGGGGAAUUAGGGUUUUGGGUUUCAAAUUGAAGAUCGUGUGUUUUAUCACCUGGGUUUUGCUGGAGAAUUCAAGAUUUUGAUGAGAAUUUGUGUUUUAGGGCUGUGAGGAAUUUUGGGUGUGAAAAUGUCGCCCAAUGAAAACCAUUCUCGAAUCAACACUUUAGAGCUUAAAGCUCUGGUUUCCAGAAAGAUUGGGCCUGAGAGGGCUAAGAAAUACUUUGAUCAGCUUAGAAGGUUAUUCAGUUGCAAGAUUAGCAAAUGUCAGUUUGAUAAGUUCUGCAUUCGGAUUAUUGGGAGAGAAAAUAUCCCUCUUCACAACCAGCUUAUAAAAGCGAUUAUCAAGAAUGCUUGCGUAGCCAAAGUUCCACCAUUGAAAGGUAAUAGGAAAGUGGAAAAUACUCUUAAUGUUAAGAUUUCAAAUGGAUUUCAGAGAAAUAGUCUCCAUUCACUUUAUGGGGAUGCCUUUCCUCCUUCCCCUCGCAAGGGAAGGUCUCCGGGUAGUAGGGAUCGCAAGUUUAGGGACCGCCCAAGUCCUUUGGGGCCACAAGGGAAACCCGAAAGUGUUGUGUGUGACGAAUUGGUUUCUAAGGCAGAAGAGCAGCAAAGUGCAACAGAGUUGGUUUCUCUUGAUAGCAGACCCCCAGUUGAAGUUGUAUCUGUUGAAGAUGGCGAAGAGGUUGAGCAAAUGGCAGGAAGCCCAGGUGUUCAAAGUAGAAGCCCUGUAACAGCUCCACUUGGUAUAUGCAUGAAUUUGACUGGGGCUCGUAAAUCUCUUUCGAAUGUAUCCGUAUCCAGUGAUUAUCAUCCAGAGACCUGUCAGAACAGUGGUGAGCUACCUGAUACAAGAUCUUUAAGAAGUCGUCUGGUGAGGAAGUUGGAGAUGGAGGAGGGCAUCAGUGUCUCAGUGGACUGUGUUAACCUGUUGAAUAAUGCAUUGGAUGUGUACUUGAAGAGAUUGAUUGAGCCCUGUAUGGGUUUAGCUGGGUCAAGGUGUGGAAAUGAUCACUUUAAACCACUGAGCCAUCAAUUCCGACCUGGUAUUGGUCAGAUGUUGUCUGGUAGAUACGCACAAAGAGCAGCAAGAUCUACUAACAUUUCCAUGUUUGAUUUUCGUGUCGCUAUGGAAUUGAAUCCCCAAAUACUUGGACCGGAUUGGGCAAUACAGCGUGAGAAGAUUUGUUUGCGUGAUUAUGAAGAAUGAACAAAGCCUUCUUAUCUUAGCACAUGGAUUAGAAAUUCAGCAGUGGAUGAGAUCAUGGACAUGAGUUCAUAUCCAUAUUCUUUUGAAGAUUCAGUAUUUUGAGUUGAUUAUAGUCUUAUAUGAUGUUGGUCUAGACUGUUAUGGAAUUUUACAGGCACACCAAAAGGAAUAAGUUCUGGAUUUUUAUGGGAAGUUUUGAAUCAAGUUGGUUAGGUUACACUUAGAUAUAGGCAUUAAUGAUUGUAGGGGAGGGGUUGUUCAUACAUUUAAUGUUAACUUCUAGACACAAUUAAGAGUCUCACUUUUGAAGUGUAACACCAUUUUUCAAUCGAUAUCUCUUUUGUUGAUGUACCAAGUUAAGCAUUUAAGAAAGCAUUAUUUUGUUCAGAAUGGUCACUGUAAUUUCAGUUUACCGUUAAAGUUUUUACUAAGUUAAGAACUUAAUCUGGAAUCAGAUUUUUUAUGGACAGUAUCUGAUUCAAAUAUAUCAUUCCUCCCUUGUAAUCA